CACAGCAGAGCACAUGGGCAGGGUGUGCAGGAAAUAAGUCACGAAAGACAACCUACAUCUAAAAUAGGAAGAGAUCAGUGAGCCUGCAGCUGUGCAAGGUUACUCUCUUGCUUCCUCCUUUGUACCUAUUCACACAUUACCGGAACGUUACAAUAUUGAGACAGUAUUGAAAAUGCAAGAUACUCUGCUGAGAGUGUUUAUUUUGGCUCUGGGCCUCCUAAGGUUUCCGAGGGAUGACCCCAGGGUGGAGGAUGAAUGGGAUCAUGUCGUCACAGUGGGCAUGCAAAAGCAUGAAGACAGGCUGCUGAGAGAAGAAGAGAAACUGGACCAGGAAAUGACACUUUUCAGUGUUAAAAUGACACAAACCGAUGACAAUGGGCCUCAGAAUAACAUAAAAAACAUUCACGAGGAACAAGAUCUGCCCUAUCAACAUGUUACUGACAAACAUGAAAUGUCAGUGUCAGAAGAUGUGACUGUGUUCAAACAAGAUUCAGAGGAAGACUAUGCUGAUCACAAAUUACCAGAGGGGGGAAAUGUCCAUGCCAAGGUGUCAGAAAAUGAAACCUCGGAGAAGGCAGUCGCUGACUGGGAGGACGAUUACCUCUGGUACUUAUGGAAUACAUUCUCCAUCAUUUCCAUGAUCCGCUUCUUCAGGAAAUACUUAAGAAAAAAUUCCCAGAUGAAACAAGAUGAAGCCAGGACCCUUCCAAUGACCGGCAUUGCUGGUGAAGUGCCACUACCAGACAGUGACACUCUUCAGAGUUUUCAUUCUAAAUAUGUUAAAGUCUCGCCCAAUAUGAAGUGGAGGGAGGAUGAAUUUUUGGAAGGGUUUGCAAAUCACAUGGUGGAGGCUAUGAGGACUGUCUGUGAUAGAAAUGGAGGUAUGGUGAUUGAUGACUGGCAGAUGUUGGAUGCAUGUGAGAUAAUUGUUCCCUUUGCCCCUCCUGAACCAUUUAGUUUUCAGUGCCUGCUCUGGAAUAACAAGGUGGGUGGCCUGCUGCCAGAUAUGCCAGUCUGUGGUCAAAUAAAAGUGGUGGAAAAUAAGAAAAUCCAAAAUGGCUGCCCCUGCCUGUCUUCGGAUAUGGAUGAUGAUAUGGUUUGCCUGCUGCACUGUGAGAAUGAGAAACGAAAGACAAAAACUACUGAUGUUUGUGAUGGUCUCCUUUGCUUGAAGAACACUUCUUUCCUCUCAAAAACACAGGUUACCCGAUGGUUUCAGAGCACUAUCAAACAAGCAUGGGCACUGAUUUCACAUAAAUAUGAGUUUGAGCUUAGCAUUUGCCACAUUGGUGCUCCAGGUGCUCUGGUUGUUCGAUUCAGAUCAGGGAAGAAGGUUAUCUUCACCAUGAAACCGGUAGUUAAAUUUAGAGACGCUCAUUUCUACAUUACACCUUGCUCCCCAAACAGUUUGGACACUUUCUGGACUCUCUCCCUGACCAUCUACGAAGAUCAUCUCUUACAAUGUCUCUCUAAACGCCUACCUGAAAACUCCUGCCACAUUCAAACUCUUGAAAUUGCACGUUUCCUUCACAAGAGACAGACAGCACUGUCAGGUAGCAGUGCCCUCAAGGAUUUUCAUUUCAAAACUGCACUAAUGCAUCUGCUUCUGACCAGAGACCCAUCACUGUGGAAACCAGACUAUGUGGCUUGUAGGGUACGAGACUUACUGGACUUCAUGGAGAGAAGCCUGGAGAAAAAGCUCCUGCACCACGUUUUUAUAGGGAACCCUUUAACUAAGAAUAUUAUUCAUCUCCCUGUUGAGUUUACUCAAGCAAAUCCGGUGAAUCUCUUCCAUCCCCUUGUGGUGCAUAACUGUAUCUACAGAAAUGCUCUGAUGCAUUUUCAGGAGAUGCUUAGAAAUGCACACAUGCUGAUACAUGAUUAUGUUGGUAAAAGUAUUUAGAGGACCAGCCCUUUGAGAAACAUUCAGUUUUGAAUACUUUUGUGCACAGUUUAAAUUGGUUUUGGUUUUAAUCUCUUUACCCUAAGAGCAAUGAAUGACUUACGACUUUGUGCAGUAGAAACAUCAAGUACCAGAGAAAGUAAUUUAUUUAAAAUUCUGAUCAUUCUCGAUGUGAUUCAUUUCAGUAAUCAUGCUCCCAGUAGUUUAUGAAGUCUAUGUGCUCUGCCAUGUCGAGGUCCUCCGAUCUGAACGUGUCACCAUCAAACGAUUUCAUCCGAGGGUCAACAUCCACAUAUCCGUCCUUACCACUCAAGUCGACCUUCCAAGAGUGACUUGAGAUGAUAUUACUGGAAGCUGUUGAAAUAGGAUUUGAUAAGUCACAAACCUUAAUUUGUGGAAGAACAGCCAUUUUUUGUCUUAAGUGAAUUAAGUUAAUUGUAAAAUAACGGAUAAGCACUUUGAACUUGCAACAUUGCCAGUACAUUGACCUAAGUUAAACUCUGUGCUAAACUGAGAAUCAUGUGUAAAGCUACUGCAUUUCAUACUACUGAGUUUUGUUAUGACUUUCUGUAAUGUGCAAUGUACAGAGAAGGUGGAAACUUACCCCUAGGCUGUGCUGAGGGGCAAGUUGAAUCACAGCAGGUGCACACAGAGUCAUCACCAUAAAGCUCCUUCCACCUAAACCAUUAACAGUUUUAUUAUUAGGUCUUCAAAUGCCAGCUGGCAAGUAUGGUAAUAAACAGAUCAACAAAACACACACCAAAAAGUGACAAUACUCAAAAUACCUCAAGUGCUGACAAGGAGAAAA